CAGCCAUACAGUUGAAAUCGUGCAAUUUUUAUUUUCUCGUUUCCUUUGCUCUGCUCCAAAAAGAAGACAUGUUUAGGAUCGCCCUGAUUGCGGCGUGUUUCUUGCUUGCAGUGCAGGGAUAUCAUCUUGAUGAGGAACUCCUCCAGCAGCCUGAAGGAGGAGGAGAGAUAUGGGCAGUGUUAAUUGCUGGGUCCUCCAACUGGUUCAACUAUCGGCACCAGUCUGAUGUUUGUCAUGCCUACCAUUUGCUAACCAAGAAACAUGGGAUUCCUAGACGGAAUGUCAUUACGUUUAUGGUCAACGACAUUGCCUUCAACGGGGAAAACCCGAAUCGAGGAUACAUUAUCAAUGCUCUCUCUGGUAAAGAUGUGUAUGAAGGUGUCAUGAUAGAUUACAUGGGGAUAGACGUAACCCCACAAAAUUUCUUAGACGUCUUGCUGGGUAAAGAAAUGGAUGUUGGCAGUCGUAAGACGCUCUUGAGUGGACCAAAGGACAAGGUCUUCGUAAACUUUGUCGAUCACGGAGCCCCUGGUGUUCUUGGAUUCCCCAGAGACGAACUUUACUUGGCAGAUCUUACUAAGGUCCUUGAUGCCAUGCACAGUCAACAGAAAUACAAGCAGAUGUUGUGGUACGUGGAGGCCUGCUUUUCCGGCUCCAUGUUCAACACGCUGGACCCUAACAUGAACAUCACAGCUCACACGGCUGCUAACGAGAGCGAGAGCUCCUGGGCGUGUACUUGGGAUGAUGAUAUCGGGGUUUAUCUGGGGGACUGCUGGAGUCUCAACUGGAUGAAUAACACUGAGCAGUUCUUCCCUAACUUGGUAGAGGAAACGGUGGAACAGCAGUACUUAGCUGUCAAGAAUAUGACUUUCGAAAGUCAUACUGAAAUUUUUGGUGAUUUGACGCUUAUUUACAAAGAGCCAAUCUCCUUUUUCAUGGGACAUAACAGAAAGAAGACAGAGACCGAACCACUGCCUCCUCCUGCCAGGAAAUACAGGUACCAGUCAACAGCUACUCCUGAUGUGAUGAUGUAUCAUCUGGAGAGGAAAAGGGGGAGAUGCAACAACAAGAAGGAAGCAGACAGAUUGGAUCAGGAGAUCAAGUAUCACACUUUAACCGAGGGUAAGGUCCAGGAGAUAUUGGAUCAGAUCUCUCGCCAAGUUACUGGCUCUAUCACGGUCUCGAGAUAUGCUCAAACCAUAACGGAUACGGAGUGCAACAAAGGUGUGCUGAGUGCUUUCUUCAGCCAGUGCUACAAGAUGCAGAACCACCCUUACAUCACCAAAUAUCUCUAUCGUCUCACCAACCUCUGCAGUGGGAACAAUGUAAAGAAAAUCGUCGAUGUUGUGAUCGACAACUGCAAUAGACUUAAAAUGUUAUCUUGAAAGUAAAUUUUGAAAAAUGUGACUUUUCUCUCCGUGUUUUGAUUUUCCAAGAUUAAGGAGACAUGCAUUUAAAAUGUGUGCGAUAUUUUAUCAAUUAACUAAUGUUACCAUCCAUUGAUCAAGAUCAAACAUUUUUUAUUUUCCUUUGUUGAUCAAGUUUAUCUUACUUUCAGUGAUAUGAAAAUCAGUACAUCUAUUAAUUCAAUAAUUCAAUUAUACGUUUUGAAUCAA